CUUUUCCACAACUAUCAAAGUCUAAACUUUGGAAAAUCAUCUGUAAUUUGCCGCCAGAUGCAAGUGCCAAGUAUUCAGAUUUUCCUUAUAUGCGUUUACAGUGGAAAGUUGUGUGAAAACACGUGCGAAACUAUUCGGUACUUCGAAAAUCAAUAAUCAUGUGCAUGUAAAUACCAAAAUUAUUGGCUGGAACGUUUUCGACCAUGUCCUGCCAAAACGUUUUGAAACCCAUCGACGUAAACAUAGACUACUCACCCCCAGCGAAACGCGCCAGGUUCGAUGACGAGCCGGACGUUAGUCCCAAGAGUCUCUGGUCCAACGAAAAAUUAUGUUUAGGGGAAUACGGUCCCGGGAUAGGUCGUUUAGACUGCGAUUUAGAUGAAGUGACCACAGACGAGGACACCAUAUUUAGCAGGACCGAAUCUGUGAGCAUAGACGUGUCAUGUGCAUCGCUAACUCCCAACACCAAAGAGAAACAGCUCACUGUGCUAGAGUCGGUGCUCAGUCGAGAUACCCUAGAGAAAAUUGUGGUCGAAGACAAGUCUGAAGUUAUAACCAAACCGAUCCGGCCCUCGAAUAGAACGAGCUACUUUGACAUUCUAUCCGACGAAGUCAUAUUGCACAUUCUAAAAUGGUUACCGAAGAGUUACCUGUCGGAUAUAGCGUUGGUGUGUAGGAGGUUUUACCGACUCACUCAGGACGAGAGCCUGUGGACUCGUAUGGAUUUGGGUAACAAACACUUUCGACCCGGAGAUCUGGGUAAAAUCCUCAGCAGGCAAGUGGUUGUAUUGAGAAUGGCAAAGUCGAAAAUUAUGGACAAUGUGAUAAUGCCCAACUGCAAAGCCUAUUCGCCUGACUUUCAGGUGCGCCUCCUUUAUUUGGACUUGAGCAUGGUUCACAUAUCCCUAGAGGGAUUAACGACAUUAUUCAGCAAGUGCAAAAGGCUGAGGAAAUUGAGUUUGGAGAAUGUGCCCGUCAACGAUGAGGUCCUCCUCGCGUUGUCGUCCAACAGGGAUAUCGAGGUUAUAAAUUUUGCGAUGUGCACUGGCAUUCAACAAACAGGACUGAAACAUCUGCUAGGCAAUUGCAAAAAAAUACGCGAAUUGAACUUGGGCUGGACCUACUUGAACCAAGACAGCAUACAGUAUAUUUGCGAAAGUUUACCAUCGACCGUCGACAGGCUCAACAUGUCCGGUUGCCGAAAACUGCUUCUGGACAAACACGUUCAAAGUCUGGUCGCGAGGUGCCCCAGACUCCGCGAAUUGGAUCUGUCCGACUGUACCUCCAUUACCGGGGACUCUAUUACCGAAAUUUCCUCGCUGGACGAAUUAAAUUUCUUAGCGCUGUCCAGGUGCUACACAAUCUCCUACAAAAUGUUAGUCCGCUUAAAAAAAUUGAAGAACUUGUCCUACCUGGACAUACAUGGAGGCUAUAUCGACGCGGACGAACUGAAAACAGUGCAGUACGACUUGGGCCAUAGGGUGCAGAUUAAUAAGUUCAGGUUCAGCUCGGUCGCCAGGCCUACGGUCGGCAUGCGCAAGUCGAGCAUUUGGAACAUCCGAGUUCGAGACUGAUCGGCAGUAUUUCAUCAGUUUGGGUAGUCAUAUGUGUAGGAAUGUUUGGUGCUUGUCGGAACGGGGAUGAUUUUUUUCUAGGCUUCAGCGUCGUUUUUUUUUUGGUAACCUUAACGCUCAAGACUGAAUUUUUGUUCUCAUACGCGGUUUUAUCCACUAAACGCAUACUUAAUUUGUUUGUAGUUUUAAAUUAUUUGUCUUUCAUACAUUAAACGUCGCUCAAUUCGAUACGUUUGUUUCCUUGACCGCGUGAGACCCGAGGCUCCCCCAGUGUAGUAUUAUUGAAAAGUGAGACAUUUUCCUUACGUUGUUCUUGUAUCAUGUCAUUGAAAUUGUAAUUGAAUUUGGGGAAAUAUCUCGGAAAACAUCCGAUUGCUCCCAAACCCGUGCGGUAAAAUCCCGGAAAUGUCCGAAGUGGCUCGGAUCCGAGAAACGAAACUGACGUGGUAAAGUGACGUUUCCCGCACGCUAGAUCACAGACGGAAGUAGAAAAUUAGUAUAUUAUGCAAGAAGUGCGGUAAGCGGCAUUUGACUCACGAGUUUAUUUGACACGAGCGGAGCAAGUUUUUAAUAAACUAGUGAGUUAAAAAGUUUACCGAACGUGUUGCAUACUAUACUUUUUCUACGACCGUUAGUUGUUGGGUACAUUUUCGCAAAACAACACGA